UAUCAUCAUGGCGCAUGACAGAUGGUACGAUGAUCAGUUAUCGGGUGGAAAAAAAACGCCACCAGAGUGUGAUACACAAGUGUGUGUAAUAUUUCUGUUUUCAUACUCGUCAAGAUGAAAAUUUGGAUGAUUACCAAGUGCAUACUUCAAUAAAUAGUGGAAUUGUUAUAAUUGUUGAUUAAUUGGAAUCGUCAACGAUGGGUGAGCCUGUGGGGCCAAUUCUUCAUGUUAUUGUCGUUGGAUUUCAUCACAAGAAGGGCUGUCAAGUGGAGUAUUCAUUUCCUCCGCUAGUUCCAGGUUCACCAAACGAGUGUCCCCUAGGUUGGAAGUACCUUCCAACUCUUGCCCUACCUGAUGGGUCUCAUAAUUACGACGAAGACACAGUGUAUUUUCAUUUACCGAGCAUCACACAUCCCAAUAAAAUUGUUUACGGGGUCUCAUGUUUCCGUCAAAUACCAGUCGAGAAACUGAAAAACCGCACAUCAGAUAUUACCAGAGGGACAGUACAAAAAUCAGUCUGUGUUUUGAGUACAUUACCUCUGUAUGGGCAUAUUCAAGUUAAAAUGUCGCUUAUCACACAUGCCUAUUUCGAUGAAGGAGAUUUCAGUAAGGUUUCACUGCUGGAGGACACAUUUCGACAUUUGAACGCUUGUAUGAAGGGAGAUAGUCAAAUUCCACCCCAAGUAUUUGUUGGAUUAUCAGCGAGAGAUUUUAUUCUUCAAUUCCGACAUAAAGCCCUGCUACUGUUCAAACUAUUAUUAUUAGAGAAGAGAGUCGUCUUCUAUCAAUCACCAGUGCAACCUCUCUGUGCGGCAAUACUCACACUCCUGUCCCUUCAUCCUGGGAUGAUUGAAACGGGUCUCACGAGGGCUGCAUGCGUUAAGCCAUCAAGACCAAUGUCUCCAAUUCCCACAUUCGAGAGUGAUGAGGAUUCGCAAAACUCGAAGAACACAGAAAAAAUACAAGGGAAAAAUGCUGACAAUUGCCAUUCCCUAAAAUCAAAUGGAACUAACGACGAAUCCCUUCUGUUGAAUGACAAUAAAACUCUCGAGACAAUGGAGGGAAAAUCUCUUAACUCAAUCACCACAGAACUCUCACGGAAAAAUAGUAAGGAUAUUGAAAAUGCUUCAACUCUGGAAGUUAUUGAAGUUGAAUCUACGAGUGGGUGCAGAGAUUUGAACCCAGCGUCGGAGAAUCAAGAUGAAAAUUCGAUUAAGGAACUGGAGAAUGCUCAUCGUAUGCAGAGUAAUAAUGGAAAUUUUGGUGUGAAUGAGACUGGAGUUUUGCCCAGAGACACGAGUAGUGAUGCCCUGUCUGAGGCAAGGGUCACAUCCAAUAUCACGCAGAUGGCGCACGUCAAUCCACAGGAGUGUGGAUUACCUUUGAAUAUUUUCAGUGAGGGGUACUUAUGCCUGCCAUACCUCUCUCUCCCUUACCUCGAUCUUCUAGGAGACACUAAUGUUCGAGGAUACAUCGUCGGAGCCACAAAUAUUCUUUUUAAACAAAAGAAGCAACUUAUUGACGUAUUAAUUGAGUUGGAAUGCGGAAGAAUUGAAGCGACAGAUCCAGAGUUAAGGAGACUUCUUCAUUUAACGACUGAAGACCUAAGAUUCGCUGAUUAUGUGGUGAGACAUGUGGCUGAGCCACGAAAGGAUGUAUUUUUAGAUGGAGUGGGAUGGGAAGGUGGUGAUGAAUGGAUCAGGACGCAAUUCCGGGUGUAUCUUCUGAGUUUAUUGAGAACUUCAAUGCAACAGGAUACGAGACAAUCUGAUCAUUUCAAUGGCGCUUUCAUGGCGGCGUGGAAAACAACGAAUAAUUAUCAAUCCUGGGAAAAUUGUUUAAAAAGUGAAAUUACUUCAGUGGAACCAGGACAUCCAUUUGCUGGUCAACUUUCUGUUCAAGACAUGAAGCUCAGAUUAUCGCAUACAAUGCAAAACACGGAAUCAGGUCGAAAAAUAAAUCAGGCAAUGGCGACCACCGGAAGAGCAGUGGCUACGACCGGAAAAGCUGUUGGUGGAGCUCUCUCUCAAGCCAAGGGUGCCUUUACGACAUGGUGGAGCACCCUGACGACAGUUCAGCCCUUAGAUAUGGACAGCAGAUCGGAAAAUUCUCCGCAGAACAAUCCUCUCAGUGACAACAAUAUGCAUGAAUACAAAUGUAAUGAGAAUCAAAUGACAAUUGUUUCAAAUGAUUUGAAAAUGUCUGAGGCUGGAACACCAGUUGCUGUCGAUUUACAAUCGAUAGAUCCAAAGAAAGGCCAGGAAAUUCUCAAUUCAUUUUAGUAAUGAAAAAUUUGCAAGUGAAGUCAAACGGAAAAAAACAUGAUUGAACUAUUCAUGAAUUCAUUACCACAUUAAAAAUUCAAUUUACGUUGAAAAUAAUUUCACCCAACAUAGAUAUUGUAUUCCUAAAUUGUGUCAUUGUCAAAUUCAAUUUUCCGUUUCAAAAGAAAUGAUAAAUUUUAUUCAGGAAAUGGUAUUCAUGUGCAUAUUUAUAUAUUUACUCUACUUAGUGUCAUUGAUCGGUAGUGAAGUGAUAAAAAUGGAAAAUUAUAAACAUGACAGUCACAUUAUUUACUGAAUAUUCAAUAAAUUAUAGAAAUGUCUAUCUCCCAUACAAAAAAAAGUCUAUUGAUAUUCUCUUUUAGUCCUCCUAGAACUGCCACAACAUUCGCAACUCAAUCGGCCUAAAAUUAAUCAACUCAUUCUAUUCUUCAUCACUUCACUUCCGAAUUGCCAUUCCUAUAAAUUACCAUUAUUGUGAUUAGUAGUGUACCUUAAAGUCAACAAAAUUACUUUAAAUUUUGCGACCCAAUGAACCUGAAAAUCAUUGUCAUACGUUAGUACGUAAUCGUGAAAUGUUAUAUUGUGCUUAAACCCAAUAAUUACCCAGCAAACAAUGUGUGAACAAUUUGUCAACAAUAUUGCCGAUGUUCUGUUAAAUUUUAGUUAAUUUUAAUUUUAUAACACCGAUAAAAAAUUGUUCUCUGGGUAUUCUCUCUCCCAUUCCCCCAGAUUUAUUAAUUACAGCUAAACCCUUAAUUUAUCCUUUAUAUCAGAGUUGUAAAUUUUUUCUUAAUUCUUGAAAACGUUUAAUAAAUAUAAUUUUUGUUACCUCAAAAAAACAA